GGCCCCGGCCCGCGCGACUGGCGGCGCGCUGGGCCGGCCGGCGAGGUCACUUCCGGCGCUCCGUGACCGCUGUUUCCGGUGGGGCCCAGCCGGCGGCUGGUGGCGGCGGAAUGGGGCGCAGCGGGAGCGGAGAGGCUGCUCCCGCCACCCCCACCUAGGCCUGCACCCUCGUCCCCUGGCUCCUCCACCAUGGUGUCCGUCACAAUGGCAACAUCAGAAUGGAUUCAGUUUUUCAAGGAAGCUGGGAUCCCUCCAGGCCCCGCUGUCAACUAUGCUGUCAUGUUUGUGGAUAACAGGAUCCAGAAGAACAUGUUGAUGGAUCUGAACAAGGAGAUCAUGAAUGAGCUGGGCAUCACAGUGGUGGGAGACAUCAUCGCCAUCCUCAAACAUGCCAAAAUCGUGUACAGGCAGGAGAUGUGCAAGGCAGCCACUGAAUCACUCUGCCCUGGUUCCCCCAACGUUCAAGCUGAGCUGCGCCGCAAUGCCAACAGUGCUGCCAGCCGGAUGAUCGCCAACAGUUUGAGCAGAGACUCUCCUCCCACCAGCCCCCUCCGACAGAGGCCCCACGCCUCCAAAAUCUCCGUCACUGUCUCCAACAAACUGGCCACCACGAAGGCAGGAUUAUGUGACACGGCAGAUGAAAAUCCAACAAUCCCAGUAAAACGCCGCCGGGUAACGGCAGAAAUGGAAGGGAAAUACAUCAUCAACAUGCCGAAGGGCACCACGCCGAGGACAAAGAAAAUCCUGGAGCAGCAAGCGGCCAAAGGUCUGCAGAGGACAUCCGUCUUUGACCGACUGGGAGCUGAGACAAAAGCAGACAUGACCACAGGAGGGAAGCCCACGGGGGUCUUCAGCAGACUGGGUGAAACCUUGGGGACCGAUGGGGACAAAGCCACCGAGAGCGAUGACGACUGCUCUGUCCUCCAGUACGCCGGGGUCCUAAAAAAACUCACCAAACCUCCCCGUAAGGAAAGCAGCGAGCCGGGAGGGACCAUCAAGGCAAAAGCCACCAGUUCAGAAGCCAAACCGGUCACCGUCACUGCCGCCAUCCAACGGCUCAGUCACAGGAACGCCACUGGUAUCCAUACGGGAGUGAAACCGCAGCUGCAAGCAGCAUCCAAAAUCGGUGUCAUCAGCAUCGCUGCGGUGCCGGUCGAAGCCCAGGAUGGCAGCGUGACCAGCACGAAGGAUAAAAGCGAACCUGGAUUUCGGGUGACGAUCAAAAGGACCUGGGGGUGCGGGAAGGUGAGCAGCACCAGUGAGAACACUGGCGCCCAGAUGGACAGCGCCGGCACUGUUAGUGUCUUUAAACGGCUGGGGAAGAAACCAGAUUGAUCCCGCGCCGAACGGGAUGUCCCAAUGGUUUUUUCGCUUGUCCUGUCCCCUCCCGAUGGUCGCCGGCUGUCCUCCGUCCCACUUAUUCACCCUCAAGAACCGGGAGAGUCUCACCCUGCCUUCCUCCUCGCUAAUCCUAUGGGGAGACACUUAAUCUCAUGGUGAAAGGUUUAACCCCACAGGGAAACACUAAUCCCAUGGGAAAACAGCGGAAGGAAGAGGGGAAAAGCCCUUCCUGCCAGAUUUCCUGCCUGCCGGGCAUCCCUACCUGCUCCUGCCCACAGAACCGUGGUGCGAGGUGCAAGGCCAAAUCGUUGCUCUCCAAUUCCUAUCAGCAUCAAAACCUCUUUAUUCCCCACCCACCCUCCUCUGCAGGUUCUUUCCUGUACUCAGGAAUUCAGACCUGGAGAAUUCCAUACAGAGGGUUUUUUUUUCCUCUGUUUUUCCUGUUUUUUUUUUUUCCUCUGCAGGUGUUUUUCCUCUAUUUAAGAAUUUGCACCAAAACAACUCUAAAUAAUCAUUACGGAGGGGCGGCUUGCUCUGGGGUUUCUUCAUUUUUAAGGAUUUCGGAAUCAGCCUACAAAAAAACCACAAAACCCCAAAAGCUUCAAAAACAAAAAACCUCGGGACUCAAAAAAAUCCCAAAAUUGCCUUAAUUUAAGCAACACCUUCAAUCUGCCACUCGCAGUUUUAGACUUGCGCUGGUCCCGCCAUGAAACCUAAAAUGGCCACUGUGGGUUUUUACAGAAAUUAUUUAUUUCCCCCAGAUUUCUUUGAUGACUGGGGGCACUGGGUCACCCCAUGCCUGUCUGGUGUUGCUGCAAACCCUGAAAAGACAGUUUUUCUCCCCAAAAUAAAGGCAGCAGGGGCGGAGGCAACUGUGUGGCAAGUCAGGGCUGUGAGUCUUCAAUAGGAAAACCCAUUAAUUUCUUUUGCCCUGUUUUGGGAGGUUUUCUUUGCGCUUUGGGCGUUGUUUGGUGUGUGAAAAUGAGUGGGUUUUUCCCAAUUUUUGGCUUUCUAUGUCACCCGCCAGCCCGCGGGGGAGCUUUUUGCAAUAAAGCGUGGAAAUAGC